AUGUUGUCAGGAACCAUGUUUUCGGGAAAUAGAUCACCGCCGGAACCCGGAAUGGAUUACGUCGAUUACAUCAAGUCCCGCGAAAGAUUUGCCGCACUGAAAGCCAACCGCAUGCCAGACUUCGAGUCGAUGAAAAACGUGGACCUCCAAAAAGCAAUGAAAGUGCAGAGGCUAGGUAGAAUUGGAAACAAGGCAUACAUGGUCGACAAGCUGGAGGAUCAUUUCACAAAGAUGCGCGGGCAACACCAGAAACAGCUUUGGGACCAAGCCCAGAGUUUUAUACGUGAGCGACCGGAGCUCAUGCUUACCAGCAAGGCCAAAAGUGAGUCCUUCAGAAAGUCCUUCGUGGACUUGCCUCAGAUCCGGGACAUGAUUUACGAACUCGCCCUCUUCGACCCUCCUUCCAUAACGCCAAGAUACAUUACUGAACCGGGAGCCGAAAACGAUCAUCAUGCCGCUGGAGUUUUGAAGAUCACUGGCAACGCUGGUCGAUUCUCCCCUGUUCGUUCUUCGCAAUAUUCGCUGAUGGAUCUCGCCGAGCUUCGAGUUGACCGUAGUAUUUCAGUAUUGCAUGUUGUUGGCGCAUUGAACAACCAAAUCCGGCAAGAGGUACAGAAGUUGUUCUGGUCCCAUACCAGGGUCCAACUACAGUUUGGCCAACUGGGUCCUCUUUUUUCGGCAUCUGUCAGUUCCUCAAGAAGAUUGGUCCCCUUGGUAGGAGCUCUCUUGCUGGCUUGA